CUAUAUAUAAUCAAACUUUACAACAAUGUUUUAAUCACUUUUAUACUACUCUGUCACUCACCCUUUUCCCACACAAACCACUCAUCCCCUUCAACAAUUUUAAUUCUCAUUUUCAACAAUGCAUCUUCAAAUCUUCCUCACACUUCUAUUACUACCAACAUUAAUCCUCUCCUUAAACCAAGAAUCCCUUUAUUUACAUACCAUAAAACACCAAUUCCACGACCCUGACAACGUUCUUUCAAACUGGAACAUCCAUAACAACAACUCACACUCACCAUGUAACUGGUUCGGCAUAAAAUGUAACCCCAUAACUCAUUCUGUUACAUCAAUUAACCUCUCAAACACAAAUAUAUCUGGUCCAUUUCCUUCUCUUUUAUGCCGGUUAAAAAACAUAAACUACAUUUCAUUCUACAAUAACAACAUUAACUCAACACUUCCCAAUCAACUAUCCACGUGUCAAUCUCUCGUGCAUCUUGAUUUAGCUCAAAAUCUAUUAGUCGGUACACUUCCAGCUAGUUUAACUGAAUUACCGAAUUUGAAGUACCUUGAUUUGACUGGAAAUAACUUUACAGGUGAAAUUCCAGCAAGUUUUGGUAAUUUCCAGGAACUUGAAGUUCUUGGUUUAGUUGACAAUUUGCUAACAGGGACAAUCCCAAAGGAGGUUGGAAACAUUUCGAGUUUAAAACAGUUAAACUUAUCGUACAACCCGUUUUCACCGGGUCGGGUCGCACCGGAAAUUGGCAACUUAACGAAUCUUGAAGUGUUAUGGUUAACUGACUGUAACUUAAUUGGUGAGGUACCUGAUACGUUAAGGGGAUUAAAGAAGCUUGUUAACUUGGACCUUGCGUUAAACAACUUGUACGGUGAGAUUCCUAGUUGGAUAACUGAGUUAACUAGUGUUGUGCAAAUUGAGUUGUAUGGUAAUUCGUUUUCUGGCGAGUUUUCGGUUAAUGGGUGGUUGAAUAUGAAGGCGUUGAGGCGGGUCGACUUGUCGAUGAACCGGGUCACCGGGUUGAUACCGGGUGAGUUGUGUGAGUUGCCACUUGAGUCACUGAAUUUAUAUGAGAAUAGAUUGUAUGGUGAGUUACCUAAAGGCAUUGCGAAUUCGAGGAAUUUAUAUGAGUUAAAGCUGUUUAAUAAUAGUUUAAAUGGAAGUUUACCUAAAGAUCUUGGUAAAUUUUCACCAUUGGUUUUUGUUGAUGUUUCAAACAAUGAGUUUUCCGGGGAAAUUCCGGAGAAUUUGUGUGGAAAUGAGGUUUUGGAGGAGGUUUUGAUGAUAGAUAACUCGUUUUCGGGUGAAAUUCCGAUGAGUUUGGGACAAUGUCGGAGUUUAUUACGUGUGAGAUUAGCACGUAAUAAGUUCUCCGGCGAUGUUCCAGUGGAAUUUUGGGGGCUGCCACGGCUUUCGUUGCUCGAGCUAAGGGACAAUUUGUUUUCUGGUGGGAUCGCGAAAACUAUAGCUAGUGCAUCGAAUUUAUCAGCUUUGAUUUUGUCAAAGAACAAAUUUUCGGGUAAUAUUCCUGAAGAGAUUGGUUUUUUGGAAAAUCUUGUUGAUUUUGUGGGAAAUGAUAACAAGUUUUCAGGGCCGUUACCGGUUAGUAUAGUGAAUCUUGAGCAAUUGGGAAGGAUGGAUCUUCACAAUAAUGAAUUAAGUGGUAAUUUUCCAAGUGGGGUUCAUUCUUUGAAGAAAUUGAAUGAAUUGAAUUUAGCAAAUAAUGAUUUUUCGGGAGAAAUUCCCCGAGAAAUUGGGAGCUUAUCCGUUUUGAACUAUCUUGAUCUAUCGGGAAACAAGUUUUCAGGGAAAAUUCCGAUUGAGUUGCAGAAUUUGAAGCUCAAUCAGCUGAAUUUAUCGAAUAAUGGGCUCUCGGGUGGAAUUCCUCCCUCGUAUGCAAAGAAAAUGUUUAAGAAUAGCUUUCUGGGGAAUCCCGGUUUAUGUGGAGAUAUUGAGGGUUUAUGUGAUGAAAGAGAUGGAGGUAAAAGUACUGCUGGUUAUGUAUGGUUACUGAGAUUGAUUCUCGUACUUGCUGUUUUAGUGUUCGUACUCGGGGUGGUUUCGUUCUAUUGGAAGUAUAGGAAUUUCAAGAAAGCAAAAAGGGUGGAUAGAUCGAAAUGGACUUUGAUGUCUUUUCAUAAGUUGGGUUUUGAUGAGUAUGAAAUACUGGAAGCACUAGAUGAAGACAACAUAAUCGGGAGUGGUUCUUCCGGGAAGGUUUACAAGGUCGUUUUGAGUAAUGGCGAGGCUGCUGCUGUGAAAAAACUUUCAAGAAGUUCGAAAAUAGUAAACGAGAGUUGUGAUGACAUCGAGAAAGGUAACUUUCAUGACGAUGGAUUUGAAGCGGAGGUUGAGACAUUGGGCAAGAUUCGACACAAGAAUAUUGUUAAGCUAUGGUGUUGUUGUAGUACAAGGGGUUGCAAACUUUUGGUUUAUGAGUACAUGCCUAACGGAAGCUUGGGUGAUUUGCUACACGGUAACAAAAGUGGGUUGUUGGAUUGGCCUAUGAGAUGUAAGAUAGCCAUGGAUGCUGCCGAGGGACUCUCAUACUUGCAUCAUGAUUGUGCUCCUCCGAUUGUUCACAGAGACUUUAAGUCGAACAAUAUCUUGCUGGAUGGGGAGUUUGGAGCUCGAGUUGCUGAUUUUGGUGUGGCAAAGGCGAUUGAUGACAAUGCCAAUGGAACCAAGUCUAUGUCAGUCAUUGCAGGGUCUUGCGGUUAUAUUGCUCCAGAAUAUGCCUACACACUUAGGGUGAAUGAGAAGAGUGAUAUUUACAGCUUUGGCGUGGUAAUCCUCGAGUUAGUGACAGGGAAACUCCCUGUGGAUCCCAAAUAUGGGGAAAAGGAUUUGGUCAGGUGGGUUUGUGCUACUUUGGACCAGAAGGGUAUAGAUCAUGUUAUUGACCUGAAGCUGGAUUGUUCUUUCAAGGAGGAGAUAUGCAAAGUUCUAAAUAUUGGCCUCCUCUGCACUAGCCCUCUCCCAAUAAACCGACCCUCGAUGAGAAAAGUCGUAAAAAUGUUGCAAGAAGUUGGUGCUGGAAACCAGCUCAAGACAGCAUCAACUGAUGGCAAAUUGACCCCAUAUUACCACGAAGACGCAUUAAAUGAAGAAAAUGUAGCUUAAAGAUAGUCAACAUGCUUAAAUCCUAGCUCGACUUGCUUGAGAUUGAGGCAUAGUUGUUGUAUCGUGAAAGUGGAGAUCUGUGACUUAUUUCAUCGGCUAAUUGCGUAAUUGUUUGUCCAUCAGUACUCACUUGAUGUUUGCUUUAUUUUGGGAGAGAAGGGGAAGACAAAAUUCCGAAAUGCAAAAGGGAUGGAUGUUUUUUUAAUACACUGUAAAUUUACAAAAAUUCCGAAAGUUCUUUAUUACUAACAAGUUUAAUGUUAUCUGCAUUAAAGCCUGAUGUUAUAUAAUUUGUACCUUACUCUGUAUCUAGAUACUGAAUUUUCACCAGCA